AUGGAGCUUGGCUUAAUGGUGCUCGUCAAUCUUUUUGGACCGGUGCGGAACUACGAAGAACGGCGAGGCCGGGCCGCCAUGUUCAAGGAGAAGAAGCUCUUAGCGCGUGCUGCCGUCAUGGUCCCCGGCAUCAUGGAGGUGAGAGGCGAUGGCCAAAAAGCUGCUAUGAAGCAGUAUGUUAGCCGAUUCGAGGGCAACAGCAUGCAGAAAGCUACUAGUACCAGUGCAGCCACCUUGGCGAGCGCGGUUAGGAAGCGGAUGGAUCAGAAGAAAAGCAGAAACAAGAAGAUGAAGAAGGGAAAGAAAGAAAACAACUGUAGUAGCACAAGUGCGCGACAUGUGCACAAUCCUGACAGUGAAAAGCUACAGGCUGAAGCACAGCCUCGCAAGCUCAUGCGUGACCAGUUCAUCCCAUAAAUGCACACUGAUGACCCCCCAUCAUGGCACCAAAUAGCGAGCCGGUGGCUUCGUGUCUCGCUUUAGGGCUUUCUGGUCAUAUCGUAGCGUUAAGGCUUAUGCGGUAGCGGUUGCGCUAGCGUGCAGAUUUGUGGGUGUGUGGCGCUCUUGCAGUAGAUGAGGAUGUCAGGGCAAGAAGCACAAAGAAAAAAGAAUGUAAGAGUGAUUUGUCGGUCCUUGAGGGGAGUGGGG